CGCCAAUUCUACCAGUUUUAUUGUGCAAAUAAUGAGACCUGGUGGUAAACUGGCUGGAUUAAAUCAGCGGUCCCACAAUUUCAGCAGUCAUAAUCAAGUGUUUACCGCGUUUUAGCUGUUCUUAAAGAACUUUUGUUGUAGAAUAACUAAUUUCAGAAGUGUAACCCGUUUUAACUAUUCUAGUCCUAUUCCGUUCUAGUCUUCUAAAAGACUCUCUUCUAAAGCUAUAAAUUUACUGGGUUUUUUCGUAAAGAAAUUCAUUUCCAUUUGCAAAAAAAGUAUUCAAUCCUUCAAUUAAAAUUCGUGAGAUUAUCAAACAAAAUUGUGUGUUCAAUUUUUGAGUUCGUGAUAGGUUUUUUCACGGUUUAUUGAUUGUUUUCAAGAAAUAUUUAGAGGAAAAUAAAUAUCGUUUGAAAGAAAUUGAAUAUUAAUUUAGUGUGAGAUGAAAACUGCAAUCGCCUGCAUUGAGGCUUUUAUGUACAAGAAUCCAGGCGGUGUGAAAAUGGUGUGCAGUAGUAUGGCGGUGGCCAUAGUAAUGUGGUCGGUGAUGCAGUUCGGCAGUCAGUCUGUGAUGAUGGCCGUCAUGAGUGAUGCCAGCCAACUGCUCAGUGCGCCUGCGCUCACUCUGCAAGCCUAUCUGGAUUCCAACGGUGCCGCCGUACCCCUAGACCGCCCCCGUCGCGCGGUUCGCCGUCUGCCCUCGUUAGACGCCAAGGACCUCGAGUCAAGUGUGGAGUUCGCUCGCUCGCUGAUCGACAAGCAGGCUCGCCACGAGGCCAACAUAGCCGGCUCCGGUGUCACCAUUCGUCGAGGCACUCCCGCGCACGGCUUGCUCGCCGAGUCAACGGCCACACAGGAGGCGAUCGAGCAUGGAUUGGACGCGCAGGUGGCUCUCAAGGCGUCGCAAUUUAUCGCCAGCAAGUAUUGUGUCAGGUCUGGUAUUGAUGACGAAUCCUGUGCCAACCAGAUCUCAUUGCUGCCACUGGCUCUCACCUCGCUGGGCAAGAAGUGCUCCUCCCAUUACAAGACCAGUCUCUACUGCUCAGAUCUCAACAUGUUCAGGUCAUACGAUGGAUCCUGCAACCAUAGGACGCACUCAGCUUGGGGACGUUCGCUCACUCCCUACAGGCGACUGCUAGCUGCUGAUUAUGAGGAUGGUCUACACGUGAUGAAAGGCUCCCGCAAGGGCAAGUCUCUAGUUAGUCCUCGGCAAGUGAGUGUCUCACUGAUCAGUAACCUGGACAACCCCGACACUUCCAAGACACUCGCUGUCAUGCAGUGGGGACAGUUUGUCGCCCAUGACAUGGCUCAUACUGCUUCCUCCAGAAUGUUAACAACCGGUGACACGAUCUCCUGCUGCAGUGCCAACGGCAAGAAGCUGUCCCCGCGCCACCAGCACUCGUUGUGUGCGGCCAUUGACAUCCCGUCCACCGACCCCUUCUACUCCAAGCUGGGUCACACCUGCAUGCCCUAUGUGCGCUCGCUUAUGGCCAUCCGGUCUGACUGCACUUUCGGCCCUGUCCAGCAGAUGAACCAAGUGACCCACUACCUUGACGGAUCCGUAAUCUACGGCUCAACAGCUGAGGUGGCCACCUCCCUACGGCAAUUCCACAACGGACGUCUUCGCACCAAAAUACACAACGAACGUGAAUUCUUGCCCUCUCCAAGGCUCCCUCAACAAAUAUGUAUCAACAAUGGCACUUGCUUCCAAUCUGGUGACGAGAGAGUGAACAGUCAACCUGGGCUGGCAGCCCUUCACACCCUCUUCCUCAGGGAACACAACCGCAUGGCGAGUCGCCUCUCUAUUCUGAACCCGAGCUGGGACGAUGAACGCCUUUACCAGGAGGCCAGGCGUAUUGUCAUCGCUGAAAUCCAACACAUCACUUACAACGAGUGGUUACCUGUUGUUCUAGGUGUGAAAUACAUGAAGCGAAUCGGUCUGACUAUCCAACAGAAGGGCUACAGCGCCAAAUUCAACGAUCAGAUUGAUGCAUCGACUAGUAACAGUUUCGCCACAGCUGCCAUGGCUUUCAUCAACUCCAUGGUUGAAGGACGAAUUGGGUUGUAUGAGGAAGACAGGAACGCAGAACUGACAGUGCAAUUAAAGGACAUCUUCAACAAGCCUGACUUGGUGCAAAAGAGCACAAAUCUGGACGCUUUAGUUCGUGGACUGGCCACUCAGAGCAGUCAGAGUAUGGAUCUCCAGUUUUCAGAAGCUAUGACUAAUUACUUGUACAAGGAGAACGAAUCUUAUGGCCUGGACCGACUGAGCCUCGACAUUCAGAGGGGCAGAGACCAUGGCUUGCCCGGCUACAACGUUUUCAGGGAGUUCUGUGGAUUGCCCAAAGUGAAAGAUUUCUCUCAACUCACCGAUACCAUUCCAGUUGAGGUGGUUGGCAAACUGCGGAAACUGUACAAGUCAGUGGACGAAGUGGAUCUGGUGGUGGGGGGGCUGGCCGAGUCCCGGGGGGAGGAGGGACUGAUUGGUCACACUUUCAAGUGCAUUUUGGCCGAGCAGUUCGCGCGCACCAGGAUUGGUGACCGCUUCUUCUACGACAUUGGAGGACAGCCUGGCUCGUUCAACGAAGCUCAAUUGAAACAAAUCAAAAAAGCGAACCUAGCCAGGAUUUUCUGUGACAACAGUGACAAUAUUAGGAAUAUGCAGGCCUUUGUUUUCUACAAACCGUCAACACCAAAUAACGACCUGGUACCUUGCGGUGAAGUCUCGCUGAUUGAACAAAUGGACUUGGAGCCGUGGAGGGAAGAACAAUCGCCAUCUUUGUUGCCAUUUUUCAUAGAUCCUGAAAAACGGACAGGAAAAUAAAUCAACUAUUAUUUCUCAAAUUUUCCACAUUUUACAAUUUCUUCCACUGGAUGUAAGAUACUUCUUACUUUAGAAAGUAAUAUUACAUUAAUCUUUGAAAGUUACUUAAAAAAGAUAACUCUAAUUUUGUGUAUAUUUUUCGGUGUGAAUUUCAAUAUUUUAAAGUUUUGAAAAUUGAACUCUGACUGUGAUGGCUAUAAAUUUGUAAUUUUAUAAACUCCAAUUCAAUGAUUUCAAUUCCUUUGAAAUUGACAACCCAUGUUAUUUUUCAAUCAGCUUCACAAUUUAUGUUCAAUUUUGUAUACGUUAUAUUUCUCAUUUUAUAACUUUAUUGUAACUGUCUUAUAAGUAUUCUUUGGAAACAUCCAUGCUUUUCUGACGCCAUUAAAACUAAUUCCUAUUCGAGAAAAGUUACUUUUUCAAAUAAAAUGUAUUCAUUUUGAAUAUGUUGAGUAGCCCUACAAGACACUGUACAUCAAAAAUAAUCAAAUUAGAAUAUUAUUUCAGUUUGAGCUAUGAGUAAUAAUGGCUUCUACUUAAACUUAGUAUCAAAUGUAUUGUUAGAAAACUCUGUUUCAAUCUCUGGUAUCAUAAUUAAAAAAGAUUUAUUAAUGUAGAUUCGAAAGAUUUAUGUCUUACUGCCAAUAUAAUAUGACAUAGUAUUAUACUAAUUUAGAUAUUAUGUUUAUAUAGUAAUAUGUAGUGUAUUAAUUCGAUUUGUGUGUAUGACGAAGUAAAAUUGUUUGGGUAAAAAGUAUGUAUGUAUGUUUAGAGUGAAUUUUAUAUACUUUUUAUAUUUUUUGUGAAAAUAUAAGAAAAUGUAUUCCUCUGUAA